AUGCCUGACGUGGAAGAACUUUUGUUUCAGCGAUCCAUAAAUUUACAGGGAAUACAAGACUUGGACAACUUGAAAGUCCCACUCCCUCGGUUGGAACAUAUAGCGCUGGAAGAGAUUCCUAUCCAAAUCGUCAUAUAUCUUUUCGCACAUCUAGCCCUUCCCGUCGACGUUAAAAUCGCUCUACACUUUCUAGCAAGCAUUGAAGGCCCUCACAGGUUGACUGAACUAUUUUCGGCCAUGGAAGUUCCUGAUGGAUUUGGUUCCAUCAUCUUGUCUUUCGGCACCUACGUCCAAUGGGGUACAUCCGGAGUCCAAUUCGACACAUCAACAACGUUCAAAUCUGAUUAUUUCUGGAACCCUCAUGACGAUGAUAUACGAAUCUCGAUCCGAUUCACAAACUAUAUGUCCGCUGAAAUCAAGCUACCCAUCAUGUUUGACAUUUGUCAAAUCGUCGCUCAGCGCAAUAUUCGAAGCUGGUUUGUGACACCUUGCUAUGAUCUCCCAGAAACCUUCUGGCUCACUGGGUUCGCCUACUUUCCGGAGCUCGAAGUUAUCAAUGUGACCUGGGACUUCAUUGAAGGCAUAAUCACUGCGUUUCACAGUGAAGGGACGCAGCGCUCAGACGUAGCGUAUCGAUUGCUCUAUACUUUAGAAUUGGAGAAGAUUGACUUCGAACUCGGUGAACCUAAAAGCCUUCAUGACGUCGUCAUAAUGCGAGCCAAACGUGGCGUCCGCAUACACAAACUCCGAUUCGCGAUGUGCAGGAAUUUGAUGGUCGAUCAGGUGCAGCUCAUGCAGGAAGCGGUUACAAACGUUGAUUGGGAUAGGCAUGGAGAGUCAUGGGAGUGCCGCAAAGAUCUUUUCGAUUGUUCUUGGGUUGACUUUGAUGCUAAUUCAAAUUCGGAUGCUGAAUCGGAUUGA